CGUCACUUCCGGGGUCAAAGUUCGUGUUGACAACUUCACCAGUUUCAUACAGUUCAUGCUUCAGACACUCGGAUUUCUAAUGGCAGAAUUCGACAUUGGGAAGCACUGUCAGAUUGACUCCUGCAGCCAGAACGAUUUCCUUCCAUUUGUUUGUGACACCUGCAGCGGUGUUUUCUGCCUUGAGCACAGAAACAGAGAGGCCCAUUCGUGUUCAGAGGAGCCUGUGAAAAGGGAACCCAGGACAGAGGGGGGCAGCACAAGUUAUCCAUGCUCGUUUCAAGACUGCAAGGGGAAAGAAUUGUUACCAGUAAUUUGUCCACAGUGUGAAAAACAUUUCUGUUUGGCCCACCGUCAUCAAGAUGAUCACAAGUGUGAGAAAUUGGAAGUCCAAAAGCCUCGAAUGGCAGCCACCAAGGAGCUGGUUCAGAAGAUUGUUGAGUCAAAGGACAAAUCGAAAAGUAAAGGACGCAAGGGAGCAAAGAACAGUGCAACUGCUGCGAAGGUAGCAUUAAUGAAACUAAAGCUGCAUGCUGCAGGAGAUAAGGGACUGCCUCAGACAGAAAGAAGUUAUUUUCAGGUGUACCUUCCUAAAGAAUCCAAAGACUCCAGCAAACCCAUGUUCUUCUGCUCCAAAUGGAGUGUGGGCAAAGUGGUGGAUUAUGCAGCCUCUCUAGCUAGCCUGAAGAACAACAAUAACAUACUCACAGCUAAGAAGCUGCGGUUGUGUCACCCUCUGACAGGUGAAGCUCUCCAGAUGGAUGACACCCUACUCCUGCUGCUGGCUCACCCAGACACUCCACUGUACAAUGGUGGAAAUGUGAUCCUGGAAUACCUGGACAAUGAGAGCACAGGCCUGGAGGACGUUUCUGAAUAUAUCACGCAAACCUGAUUCAUCAGCAACUGAUGUUUUCAAUAUUCUGACUGUACAUAAGUGUGUCAUUAUUAUCUGUCAAUAAAACACCUUUUUUUUACUUUUGCUUUUAAAAAACAC